AUGACAUCCAUAUUUUCUCUCUUCCUCGUCUUCACUCUCUUCAUCGUUUCUCUUCUCAUCAUCUUGGCUUUGAUCGUACGUCCUAGAUCCGUCAAGAUCCCAAUCAAGUCACGCCACGUCUUCAUCACCGGUGGAUCAAGCGGCAUAGGUCUCGCUCUCGCUCACCUUGCCGUCUCCGAGGGAGCUCGAGUCUCCAUCCUCGCACGCUCCGUCUCUAAACUAGCCGAUGCCAAACAAUCCAUCAAGCUAGCAACCGGCGUUGACGUCUCCACGUUCUCCGCAGACGUUCGUGAUUACGACGCCGUCUCCAAAGCCGUUGACCAAUCAGGUCCCAUCGAUGUGUUGAUCGUUAACCAAGGAGUGUUUAUAGGAAAGGAGCUUGAGAAACAGAGUUAUGAGGAAGUCAAGUUUAUGAUCGAUGUGAAUCUUGUGGGAAGUUUCAAUGUGAUCAAAGCUGCUUUGCCUUCCAUGAAAGGUCGUGGCCCUGAACUGAAGAAGAGGCCGGAGCUUACAUCCAUCAUAGCUGCAUCUUCAGGUUCAAUGAAAACGAAAGAAGUAGCCAAGAUAUGUUUGGAUGGUAUCAAAGGAGGGAAGUUCACAGUGACGUGUCAUUUUAUUGGGUACUUACUGUCUAUUGCGACCAGUGGCAUGUCUCCUCAGAGAUCGUUUUGGGAUGCUUUGAUGGAAGUUAUGUUUGGUGGUUUUGUUAGAUUCGUUGGUUUAUUUUUCCAAUGGGGUUGGUAUAACACCAUAGAGAAGUGGAGCAAUAGCAAGUUAGCUUAA